AUGCAAAGGAAUGUAGAAGAAAGGCAGUGUAUCAAUUCAGAUGAAGAGCCUUAUGCAAGCAGCCAAAUAGCACAAAUGAUUUAUAUGAGCAGAAAAAUCACAGAUUUAUUCUCUGGACUAAUGAUGGGAUAUCUGGAGUACAUGAUGUUUUAUUAUUAUCAGAGAUCUCUUGAUCGAAGACUUUCAGAGAUUUCAAGAAACUGAAGUAAUGAUUAUUUCGAAAAAUUAUCGAAAGUGAUUCGGGAUAGAGACUGCAAUGAGUUUGAUAAUAUGACUAAAGAUCAUGAGUUUGCUAGAUUGAUUAAUCAAAAUUGAAAUCGAGGAUCUCAGGCUAAUAAAAAAAUAAGUAGUUUGCUUCUGGAAUUUGCAAAUGAAAUUGAUGUUUCGCUUAUUCUAUAUAAUUUUGAAGGAAGGAUCUCAAUUUAUGGAAACUCUGACUUUUACUUUUAUUUUGCUUUUAAUGAAACUAAGUAUGAAAUCCUUUAUCCUUAUCACGAUAGGAUUGAGUCGCUUGCAGCCAUGAUACAAAACUGCAGAAUUGCAGAUUCUUUUCAUUUAACUCGAAAGCAGAAGUUUUCUUGUGGAUGCUUUACUUCAGAAAUGGGAGAACGUGUAUGCACUCAACAGCUAUCUGAAUUUGAAUUAUCACAAGCUCCAAAAUUCUAUGAAAUAAAACAAUGUAAUUGCUCAAAUCCAAAUCAAGUAUUUAAAUUAUGAUGCGAGUGCAGCAAAUGCGAAUUUUGUGCAGUAAAGCUAAUUAUAAGGGGUGGAUGUGCAGCUCAUCCCAAAAAAAAAAUGAAAGAGGCACAAAUAAAAUCAAUUAUUCAUUAUUUGAAUGAAAAUUUUUCUUAUGAUAGAUCUAGGACAUGCAAAUGCGAAAGGAAUAACCCAAUCGCGAGGAUAUUAAGUUAUCUCCCUCAGCAUCAUAAUUGCUAUUUUUGUGCAAACUGCUUGGAAAAAACAUGACUAAAAAAAUGCUUUCAAUGUAAAAAAACUUUAAUCGCUAUUUAA